AGGUAAUCUGUAUACCUACAAAUUGUACGGUUAUUUUAAAUUUAUCCAAAUAUAAAAAAGUAGAGAAUAAAUUUUUACACAUUUUUUCCAGUUAAGGUGAUCGAUUUUUUUCAUUUAUUCGAUGUGUAAACGAUAUAAUUAAUGAAGCUUACUACUUGAAUUAUGAUAUGUUUAUGAAGCACAUUCUAAAUUAUUGUUUUAAACGGAUAAUGCCUCGCGACUUAUUUCAGAGAGAACCAUUGACAAAGAGAAUUAAAUUAAAUUGUAAUAAUAUUGAUAGUAAACCUUUUACAAGUUCAAGUAAAAUGCCGAGCACGUUAAUUUGUGAUAAACCGAAAAAUAAUGCAACUUCUAAGUCAUCAGAAAAUUCAAAUGAUAUUGUAAAAGAGGUUAAAUACUUAGAAACCCCAACAAAAUCUGAAAGUGAUAAAAAACAAUACAGAGUAAUUCAGCUUGAGAAUGGAUUGACAGCGCUUCUAAUUGCUGAUGUUGAUAGAUGUGCCAAUACUAAUAGUACAGAUGAUCAAAAAGCUCUUUUAUCACACGAUGAUGAAGAAUCAUCAGCAGCGUCAUCAGCAGCAGACAGCGAUGAUGAGUCUGAUUCUGAUGAUGAAAUUUUAUCAGAGAAUGGUGGAAAUGACGAAGAAAACUCUGAUGAUGAAAUUAAUUUAAAAAAGAUGAAAAAGAAAAUUUUAUCAUCAAACAAAGAAGUCAAAAUGGCGGCAUGUGGAUUAUGUGUAGGUGUAGGAAGUUUCAGUGAUCCUCCAGAAGUACCAGGUUUAGCUCACUUUUUAGAGCACAUGGUAUUCAUGGGAUCAGAAAAAUAUCCUAAAGAGAAUGAUUUUGAUUCUUUCAUUCAAAAAUGUGGAGGACAUGAUAAUGCAUCUACUGAACCAGAGCAUACAAUAUUUUAUUUCGAAGUUGUUGAAAAACAUUUCUUUGAUGCUCUUGAUCGUUUUGCACAAUUCUUCAUUUCUCCAUUAAUGUUACGAGAUGCCAUUUCACGUGAACGUGAAGCAGUAGAAAGUGAAUUUCAGAUGGCUUUGCCUUCAGAUUCAUCUCGAAAAGAACAAUUGUUCUGUAGUUUAGCACAGUCAGGAUAUCCAGCUACUAAAUUUACAUGGGGUAAUUUGAAAACACUCCGAGAUAAUAUUACAGAAGAUGAAUUAUACAAAAGUCUCCAUGAUUUCCGUGUUCGUCAUUACAGUGCUCAUCGAAUGACGUUAACAGUUCAAGCAAAAUUAUCACUUGACACAUUAGAGGAGUAUGUCAAAAAGUGUUUCUCAAGUAUUCCUAGUAAUAAUUUACCAGGAGAUAAUUUUAGCAAUUAUGUUGGAACUAAAUCAUUUGAUACAACUAGUUUUCGGCGAAUUUAUAAAAUUAAACCGAUUAAAGAUGUUUGUCAAGUAGAAAUGACAUGGGUAAUGCCACCUUUACAUCACCUUUAUAAAGUAAAACCACAUCAGUAUCUAUCUUGGAUAAUUGGUCAUGAAGGCAAAGGAUCUUUGAUAAAUUAUUUACGAAAAAAAAUGUGGUGCUUAGAAAUCUUAUGUGGAAAUAGUGAAAGUGGUUUUGAGCAUAGUUCAAUGUAUGCACUUUUUAGUUUAUCACUUUUUCUUACUAAUGAGGGUUAUAAGCAUUUAAAAGAAAUUUUAGACGCUGUAUAUUCAUAUAUUAACAUGCUUCAAAAACUAGGCCCACAAAAAAGAAUAUACGAUGAAAUACAAACUAUUGAAAAUAUCAAUUUUAAAUUCAUUGAUGAUGUACCUCCAUUUGGCUAUGUCCAAUAUCUUUGUGAAAAAAUGCAUUUUUAUGCACCAUCUGAUUAUAUUACAGGAAGUGAUCUUUAUUUUGAGUAUGAUCCAGAAGCUAUUAAAAAUUGUAUGAGUUUUUUAACUCCUGAAAAUAUGAAUAUACUCAUCUUUAAUAAACAGUUCAAUGAUGAUAUGCUGACUAAAACGGAAACUUGGUUCAAUACUAAGUAUAUUGAUGAAGAUAUUCCAAAAGAAUGGAUCAAUUGUUGGAAAGAAAUAAAACCUUAUCCGGAAUUUCAUUUACCAGAAGUUAAUUUAUAUUUAACCGAUGAUUUUACGCUAAUUCCAUUGAACGAAACCUAUCAGUAUCCGAAGAAAAUUUAUCAAGAUAAUUUGUAUGAAAUUUGGUACAAGCCUGAUGCUAAAUUUAGAUUACCAGAAUGUUAUAUGUAUUUUCAACUAAUAUCUCCAUUGAUGACGACAUCUCCUGAUGGAGCUGCAAUGGGUGACUUGAUGGUGAUGAUACUAAACCAAUUACUCAUGGAAGAAUUAUACCCAGCAACAGCAGCCAAAUUAAAAUUUGGUCUUCAUACUAAUAGGCAAGGUGUGGUGAUGGAAAUAUCUGGGUUUAAUCAAAAACUGCCAUUAUUAUUUAAAACAAGUAUGAGCUAUAUUGCUAACAGCUCUGAACUCAUCAGUGAAGAUCUAUUCCAGAUUUUUAAAUCAGAGCUAUUGAAAGAAUACUACAAUACCACUUUGAAGCGUUAUAAAUUGGAAAAGCAAAUAAGGUUGUCUAUUUUAAUGUUGACCAAAUGGACUGCAACAGAAAAAUAUGAUGCAAUAAACAGUAUUUCCUUUAAUGAAUUUAAGCAUUUUAUGAAAUAUUUUUCUAACCAUUUAUAUAUUAAAAGCCUCGUACAGGGAAAUAUGAGUCAAGAUGAUGUUAUUAAAAAUACUUUGGAUGUUUUUUCUCAGCUCAAUUGUGGUCCUUUGUUACCAAAUACCAUGCCACAAACACGAUUUCUUUCAUUACCAAGUGAAUCAACCUGUUGCCGAUUAAAAAAUUUCAAUCAAAUGGAUUCGAACUCUUUAGUUCUUAAUUAUUAUCAAAUUAAUUUGAAAUCUAUAUCUUUAUAUGUUAUGAUUGAAUUACUCGCUAUGAUUAUGGAAGAGCCAUUAUUCAAUCAAUUGCGAACUCAACAACAACUUGGCUAUGAUGUAUAUUGUUUAAUAAGAGAUACUUAUGGUCUUCUUGGGUAUUCAAUAACAGUUUGUACACAGGCUGAUAAAUUCACAACUGAUGAUAUUGAUAAUAGAAUAGAAAACUUUCUCAUAUCGUUUGAUGAUCAACUAAAUACUAUGUCGAAUGAAGAGUUUGAUAAUGUUAAAAAAUCACUAAUAAAAAUUAAACAAUGUUCUGAUAUUUUUUUGAAAGAAGAAGUUAUGAGAAACUGGAAUGAAAUAGUCUCAGGAGAAUUAGUAUUUGAUCGACAUCCUCGAGAAAUUGAUGAAAUUAAUCGAAUUGAUAUUCAACAACUUCGAGACUGUUUUAGAGCAUUUAUUUUAAACAAGGGAAAUUCAAAAAAAUUAUCAAUACAAAUUGUUGGAUCUAAAAAACAACAGUGCUCAGACCAAGUAAAUAAAAAUGAAAAUAACAUUGAUGCAGAAAUUAUAUCUGAUGCUGAAAAUCAUCAUAACAAAUUGGUUAUUGAAUUUUUGGAUAAAUCUGAAAAUAGUCUCAAUGAUUUAAGGCCUUAUAAUGAAUAUAUAAAAGAUAUUGAAAAAUUUAAAAAUAAACUCUUUGCUUAUCCAGUAUAUAAUGCUGAUCAAUGAUAUAAUGUA